GGGAUUCUCAUUUCGGCCUAUCAAGUCUUUUUCAGCAUCGGCCUUUCAUCCAUUCAGUUCAGGCACAUUGCAGUGCAGACUUGUCGACCGGCGGUCGGUACUUCGAAGGCCGAGCUGCAAUUGCGAUUCACAAGCAGGGAUUGCUGUUUGCCACGUAGGAACGCUGUUGAACUUGCCUUCCCUAUCUGGUGGGCCAACCCCUGCGCUACGGCCACGUCAGCGCUGAAAAUGGCGACGAUGAUGUCAGCUCAUAGAGGCCUAGCAACGGUCCCUACCGCUCAAAAGGCGGUUGUUGGCGAAGCCUCUCGUCGUCCACGUAUCGUUUCAGCAGCUUGCGGCGUUUCGAGGAAGUUUAAUUCGGCUUCAGCUAGUCUGAUAGGGAAGUCACUUUCAAUGGAUGUUUCCCUUGCGAACAGCGCGCACAGACGAAGCGGCGCAUUGGCGACAACGUGCUCGUCGCAGAGCGUUUCGGAGAAGUUCGCAGAGCUUCGCGAGAAGAAUGAGGUGGCGCUUAUCCCCUUUAUAGUCGCGGGGGACCCCGAUAUUGGCACAACGGAGCGCGCGCUGAAGCUGCUGUGCGAAACUGGCGCUGACGUCAUCGAAUUGGGAGUGCCGUACUCUGACCCUCUUGCUGACGGACCCGUGAUCCAGGCAGCCGCCACCCGAGCCCUGGCGGGCCACACGGACCUGCAGUCAGUGAUCGACCUCCUCGCACGGGUCACCCCCUCCCUGACUGCUCCUAUAGUCCUCUUCACGUACUACAACCCCAUCAUGAAGCGGGGCGCCAACAAGUUCAUGGGAGAAAUUAAAGCCGCGGGAGCGGCCGGCCUUGUGGUGCCGGAUGUGCCGCUGGAGGAGACGAAGGUGCUCCGUGAGCUGGCUACUGCCAACGGGCUCGAACUGGUGCUGCUGACGACCCCCACCACACCCACAGAGAGAAUGGGAGCCAUUGCUGACGUCACUCAAGGCUUCCUCUACCUCGUGAGUCUAACGGGAGUGACGGGCGAGCGGCAGGCGGUGCAGGGGCGGGUGGAGCAGCUGCUGAAGGACAUCAAGACCAAAACGGACAAGCCCGUCGCCGUUGGCUUCGGGAUCUCCGCCCCUGAGCAUGCUGAGCAGGUGGUGUCAUGGGGAGCAGACGGGGUGAUUGUGGGGUCAGCGCUGGUCAAGCUGCUGGGAGGCAGCGAGACAGCAGAGGAGGGCCUUGCCAAGAUGGGGUCUUUGAUGAGGUCGCUGAAAGCAGCCACAGUGCGCAAGCUGCAGACAGCAUAGGUGCUGCUUGUGCUGGGGGCUUGAGGGCUUGCUCGGAUCUGCUUUUGAAUCGACUCAAAUGAGGGGCUGCUCGGAUUAGGUCAGCAGAGGAGGGGCUUGAAGGGCCGGCGCUCUCAUGAAGUAACUGAAAGCAGCCGUGGCUCGCAAGCUGCUGCAGACGGCAUACGGUAGAUUCCUCACCAGGUUUGGCAUAAGUGCCUCACCAGAUGAUGAAGACCUGCCAGGGUCGGUCAGCACUCUCAUGAGUCCUCUCUUGCUCGCAAUGCAAGCUCCAACCAGCAUGCAGGUGCCCCUGAUGGAGCUGUUGCGUGCAUAAGGUGGAGUCUGCAGCUUGCGGCAUAAGUGCUCCUUGCUCUGCGGGGGGCAGUGAGACAUCAGGCAGAGGAGGGGCGUGUCAGUUGGGUCCAAAUCGAAACCAGAGAUUGAUCUAGGUUAUAUUCUUUUCCAAGAAGGGUUCUGGAAUGUAGGCUUCAUGCCUUGCAGAAAUACCGGUAAUUGUCUUCUAGAAGACUUGCCACCCCACCCGAGCCUGCCAUAUCCUGCUUGGCAACGAGCAUUU